GGUUUCCCAGAUCCCUCCUGGCUCUGGACCCGAGGUUCCUCGGGUUCCGCUUAGCUUCCUCUCGGGAUUCCUGGGGAGUCCUCGUGAGAGCGGCCCGCGUAGGUGACGGCUACCCGGUGGGCGCGGCCGGGCCUGUGGUGGGCCUUCUCAGGAGCCGGGCGGGCGAGCGCGCAGACAUGAACACAGAAGCAGAGCAGCAACUUCUCCAUCAUGCCAGAAAUGGCAAUGCUGAAGAAGUGAAAAGGCUGCUGGAAGCCAUGGAGCAGACCCAAGUGGUUGCUGACAUUGAUUGUAAAGGAAGAAGUAAGUCUAAUUUGGGCUGGACACCUCUUCAUCUGGCAUGCUAUUUUGGACAUAAACAAGUGGUCCAGGAUCUGUUGAAGGCUGGUGCAAAAGUGAACGUGUUAAAUGACAUGGGGGACACGCCACUGCAUCGAGCUGCCUUCACAGGACGAAAGGAGCUGGUAAUGCUUCUUUUAGAAUACAAUGCUGAUACUACGGUUGUAAAUGGGAGCGGACAGACAGCAAAAGAAGCCACCCAUGACAGAGACAUCAGAAACAUGCUUGAAGCUGUGGAAAGGACUCAGCAAAGGAAGCUGGAAGAAUUGCUGUUAGGAGCCGCUAGAGAAGGGCGGACGGCCGAAGUGUCAGCUCUGCUCAGCAGGCCCUGUCCUCCUGAUGUGAACUGUUCAGAUCAGCUAGGAAAUACUCCCUUGCAUUGUGCCGCUUACCGAGGCCAUAAGCAGUGUGCCUUAAAGCUUCUGAGAAGUGGAGCUGACCCCAACCUGAAGAACAAAAAUGAUCAGAAAGCUCUUGACCUUGCCCACGGUGCUGAAAUGAAACAUAUUCUUGUUGGUAAUAAGGUUGUCUACAAAGCGCUGAAACGCUAUGAAGGCCCUCUCUGGAAGAGUUCAAGAUUUUUUGGCUGGAGAUUAUUCUGGGUAGUACUAGAAUACGGAGUCCUUUCCUGGUAUAGGAAACAGCCUGAUGCAGUCCGUAAUGUUUACCGCCAGGGGUGCAAACACCUGACUCAAGCCGUGUGCACGGUAAAGCCCACAGACAGCUGCCUCUUCUCUGUCAGAUGCUUUGAUGACACUGUUCACAGCUUCAGGGUUCCUAAGAACAGCCUGCAGCAGUCAAGAGAGAAGUGGCUGGAAGCAAUAGAAGAACACUCUGCCUACAGCACUCACUACUGCUCCCAGGACCAGGUGACUGAUGAUGAAGAGGAAGAUGCAGCUUCUGCCGUGGACCUCAAGGAGUCCUUAGCGAGAGCACAAAUAUGUCAACAGAGACUAGACAGGGAAAUUUACAGUUUUCUCAAAAUGAUUAAGGAGUGUGAUGUGGCCAAAGAUAUGCUUCCAUCAUUUCUUCAAAAAGCUGACGUUGUCUCUGAAGCUUCUAGAGAGACUUGUGUGGCACUGAGUGACUGCCUUAAUCUCUUCACUAAACAAGAAGGGGUGAGGAAUUUUAAAUUGGAACAGGAGCAAGAAAAAAACAAAAUUUUGUCAGAAGCACUGGAGACUUUAGCUACCGAACAUCAUGAACUAGAGCGAUCUCUGGUUGAAGGAUCCCCGCCUGCCAGCAUCCUUAGUGAGGACCAGUUCUAUGAUGCACUGUCAGGUUCCGAGUCCGAGGGGUCCCUGACUUGCCUGGAAGCUGUGACACCACACUCCUUUGAAGAGAACGAAGUGCCUGUGAGCAGUGGAAGAAACAGAAUGUCUGAAGGACAAGACUGUGGUGGGGGAGAUGCGUUCUCCAAUGGCAUCAAAAAGCACAGAACAAGCCUGCCUUCACCCAUGUUCUCCAGAAAUGACUUUAGCAUUUGGAGCAUCCUCAGAAAAUGCAUUGGGAUGGAACUGUCCAAGAUCACAAUGCCAGUCAUAUUUAAUGAGCCCCUGAGCUUCCUGCAGCGGCUAACUGAAUACAUGGAGCAUACUUACCUCAUCCACAAAGCCAGCUCGUUUUCCGAUCCCGUGGAAAGGAUGCAGUGUGUGGCUGCCUUUGCUGUGUCCGCUGUUGCUUCUCAGUGGGAGCGUACUGGAAAGCCCUUCAACCCACUUCUGGGAGAGACCUAUGAGUUAGUUCGAGAUGACCUUGGAUUUAGACUCAUCUCGGAACAGGUUAGCCAUCAUCCCCCAAUCAGCGCAUUCCACGCAGAAGGACUAAACAAUGAUUUCAUCUUCCAUGGCUCGAUUUACCCCAAACUGAAGUUUUGGGGUAAGAGUGUAGAAGCAGAGCCUAAAGGAACCAUCACCCUGGAGCUCUUAGAACACAAUGAAGCAUACACAUGGACAAACCCCACCUGCUGUGUGCACAACAUCAUCGUGGGCAAACUCUGGAUUGAGCAGUACGGCAAUGUGGAGAUCAUAAACCACAAGACUGGGGACAAGUGUGUGUUGAAUUUUAAGCCAUGUGGUCUUUUUGGCAAGGAAUUACACAAAGUUGAAGGCUACAUACAAGACAAAAGCAAAAAGAAGCUCUGUGCUCUCUAUGGGAAGUGGACCGAGUGCCUAUAUAGCGUAGACCCUGCCACUUUCGACGCUUACAAAAAAAACGAUAAGAAAAACACAGAAGAGAAGAAGAAUAGCAAGCAGACAAGCUCAUCUGAGGAGUCUGAUGAGAUGCCAGUGCCAGAUUCUGAGAGUGUAUUCGUUAUCCCUGGAAGUGUGCUCCUGUGGCGGAUAGCCCCGAGGCCUCCCAACUCUGCUCAGAUGUAUAAUUUUACCAGCUUUGCCAUGGUUUUGAAUGAAAUAGACAAGGAGAUGGAGAGUGUAAUCCCCAAGACUGACUGUAGGCUGCGGCCUGACAUCAGAGCCAUGGAGAACGGAGAAAUAGAUCAAGCCAGUGAAGAAAAGAAACGACUCGAGGAAAAACAAAGAGCAGCCCGCAAAACCAGGUCCAGAUCAGAAGAGGACUGGAAGACGAGGUGGUUCCAUCAAGGCCCUAAUCCCUACAAUGGAGCACAGGACUGGAUUUACUCUGGCAGCUACUGGGACAGAAACUACUUCAAUUUGCCUGAUAUUUAUUAAAGCACAGAGAAGUCUAGGUGUUUGGCUAAUAAUCUAAAUAAGUCUUAAGCUUAAGUUUUAAAAUUUUCCCUUGGUUUGUCCUCCUCUAUAAUUUGCUUUUCACCCAAGAGGGCAGGGCGCAUGGUUGUACUGGGGAAGGGCUUAGGUAAACGAGGCCUUUUGCUCUACAGCGGCUUCCUUGGAGCACUGUCCCACUGUCCAUGGGAGUUGAGAAGAGGCUGGGGUGCUGUUUGUAUCCCCACAUUGCUGGAGGCUGAAACCUGGCAUAAGAUUCAGUUUAUGGAAUUCUAGAGUGAUCCAAAAAUCAAGUUAUUUUGAAUAUUUUUAUGCUGUAACGCUUGAGUGUUUUAGGUGCAACUUUGAAAUGUUUAGAAUUUUUCUGUACAGUGUUAUGUGCUCAAAUGUAGAGACUGUUGCUUUACAAACUGCAUUGGUAAGAUGGCCUUUUAGGGAAAUUAGUCCUCUCAACUUUACUCACCCAGCUGGGGCGGGGGUGGGGGUGGGGCAGAGUCAGGAAUUCCUGAUUUGACAAUUCUAAACUGGAAAAGGCACACCUUGUGAUCCUUGUAAUUAGAAUUUACAGGGUUAAAUUGUAUGUUUGAACUGAAAAAAUCACAAAAAAAUGCCCUAGAAAUAGAUUUUAAUCAACAUCAUUAUCUAAUGACAAACCUUUAAGCUUCAACUUCUGUGGCAAAUGCCACAGAGAAAUCAAGCUACACUCAUGUAUUGUAAUCUAUGUAGGAGGAGGCCUUGCACAUUUCCUAUUUGCAAGGCACUGGAACCUACUGUAUAGUAGCUUUGCCCCAUUAAUUGGGGUAAUCUCCAUAGUAUUUAUCCAACCAAACCCCAGACUGGAUACUUGCCCUAAAGAGCCUUAGGUAGCUCCUAGUAAGUUACGUUAAUUGUCUUGAAGUUAACAAGUGUUAUAAUGUUAAAUAAAAGCUUUAGAAUAUUCAAAAAAUGUGAACGCUUUUAGAAUUUCAGCUGAUAUUGUAACCUAACGCUAUCCUUAAUUAUCAGAAGUGUCCCCAGGGCCAGAGAGACAGAGACGCAGCUACCUAGCAUGCAGAGUGGGAAGGUGGGAAGGUGGCACUCCAGCUGGUUAACUGCCAUUUGAA